AUGAUAGCCGGUAUGAAAAAAGUCACCCCGCGCUUUGUCCGUGAAACUCCAAAAAGUUGCACUGAACUCAUGAACCUGUCGUUUUGGCACAGGUCGAACGGGAACCACCUGGGCAACGGGCUAGUGGCAUGGGAGCCGGGCUCGGCGAGUCCGCGCUCAUCGGGCGCGGCUGCCGGCGUGUUGACGUGGCGGGCGAGCGGACGGGGCGCCUCCACGCUACUGCGGCACGCGUCAACCCGCGCCUGCCCCGACCACGACGCAUCCCCCACCACACCGCGACCCGAGCACCCUGCCGCACCACCCGCACGCACGCCGCAUUCCUACAGACGCCACCCGCCCUGCCAAAACUCCGCACAAAGGGCUCCGGACUUAACACUCUAA